AUGUAUUAACCUGUUAUUUUUGAAUAUGAAGAAAUUGCAAACAGAGACAAUGUUUUGCAUGAUAAAAUCAAGUAAGCUUAUGGUCCUGAAGGUGUAGGUCUAUGCAUAGUCAAAAAUGUUCCUAAAUACACUGAAUACCGCAGCAAUCUUUUACCUCUUGGUCACUAACUUGCUAAUCUCCCUCAAGAAAAGUUAGACAAACUUACUCGUCCAGAAUUAUUUUAUUCCUCAGGAUGGAGUCAUGGUAAAGAGUAAUUCCGUGGUCGUGUCGACACUUCUAAAGGUUCCUUCUAUGGUUUCCCUCUGAAUGAUACUCCUAUAGUCUAGCUUGAUGAAAACCUUGCUGAAAAAGGUGGAGUUAUCCAAAGAAAUAUUUGGCCUACAGAGGAUAUCCCUGCUUUUGAGUAAUCUUUUAAAGAUCUAGGCAGAUUGAUGAGUGAAGUUGGUGCCCUCUUAGCCUAUCAUAUUGAUAAAUAUGUAAAAAGUGUCAUCCCUAAUUAUGAAAUGGGAUAAAUGGAAGGAAUUAUAAAAAAUGGAAAUUAGCAUGUAGGUAGAUUCUUGCAUUAUUUCGCUAGUGAUGAAUAGAAAUUGAUUGAAGAUGACUGGUGUGGAUGGCAUAAUGAUUUUAGUGUUUUAACAGGCUUGGCUGCAUCUAUGUACACAAAUAAAAACGGAGAAGUUGUUGAAGAUUUCUAUGAUCCUGAAGGUGGUCUCUUUGUCAAAAGCCGUAACUCAGAGAAAGUUAGAGUAAAAAUUCCAAAGGACUGUUUAGCCUUUUAAUCUGGAGAGGUAGCUUAAAUUGUUUCAGGAGGACUCAUUGUUGCCACUCCUCACUGCAUUGUUAGAGGACCAAAGUCUAUUGGAACUGGUAUCGCUCGUAAUAACUUUGUAAACUUCCUUUCACCCAAUCAAUCCUUUGAGAUGAGGGUUCCAGAAGGUGUAGAUCCUAAUACUGUAGCCAACAUGGAGUGCUAUUAUGUAACUAAGCUAAAAGACAGAUGGAAUUAAGGAAUGAAUUAUGGUGAAUUCAGUCUCAAUUCACUAAAAGCAAUAAGAUAUUGA